ACUUAAGAUGUAUUUCUGAGAACCAUUUAAAUUAGGCUGUCAAUUUAUGUUAACUGGAUUUCAUGUAUUAAAAAAGUAAAUAAAUAAAUAUAAAUAACCAGACGCAUAUAACAUGCGUAGCCUUCUUCAAAACAAUACGAAGAAUUGUUAGACAGUUGCGUGCAAUGGUUUCAGGUUGUGUGUGUUAAGUAAAUAAUAGUAGAUAUUAUUAUUAUGAUGGCUUAGCGAACAAACAGAUAUACGAACAGACUAACACUGGGCAAGUGUUGACUUAGAAACAGGUGGACAAGAGUUGACACACAUAAGGUAUAAUAGUUCAAAAGCUAUUUAAAGAUGAAUUUGUCAUAAAGUGAAUCUGCGAUAUCAAUCAUUUCAUUACGGUUUUCUAUUGAUACCUCUUGUCUUACGUAGUGUUAACCGCGUUGUUUAUGAAAGCGCUGUUAUUGUAGCAUUAUCGCUUCACUUUAGCUUGUUAUUUGCAUUCAUGCAAAGUUUUCAGUUUAUUAAUAAGUUAAUUUUAAUAAUACUAGCCUGAGCAUUUAUUACUGACUUAAUUUACAUUGCAUUAUUUUCAUUUUCUUAUUAACUUUAUAUUGAUGUAAGCAUUAUUGUUAACAUUCUUUUCACUAUAGAUAAGAGGCACUCGAAUAAUAAAAAACAAGAAGAGAACAUAACCAGAUACUUCUCUCUCGCGAAAACUAAUUUGCGCCUUGCGCGAAUGGUAAAGUUGAAAUGAGGCACAUAGAUUUAAAACUGAUAAUUUCCCAAUUGCCCUUCAGUUAGUAUAACUAAUAAACCCUGUGUUAUGUACCAGAUCUAAUUUCUACUUUUGACUAUAUAUGUUAUUUAUGUUAGAUGAACUGUAUUAUUAAGUUAAUAUUCUAUACUUUUUUAUCAAUAUUAUUAUUAUGAUUUGUAUUCUGCUAAGCUUGUUGCGUUUUAAGAGAAAUCGUAUCAAAUUAAAAGCGGAGAGUUGAAAUGUAUAAGUCAAAAUUUGUUUUUGUUUAUGAAAAAUAUAUAAGUAUACAUUAUAAACAUAUAUACAAGCGUUAAAGAGUGCGGAGCGCGUGCUUGUAUUGGUGCUUGCAUUUAUCGUUUCAUAUUUUUCCCCAGUAACAUUAAUCGUGGUGCAUGGUCGUUGCUUGGUGUGCUAAAAAUGUAACUAUUAGUCGUAAUAGCAAAAAUUGUGGGCUUUUUAAGCGGACACUUCAUUUGGUUGCGCUGGUGUUUUGGAAGAGCAAUUUACUUUAUAUACUAAAAAAAGAACUUUGAAGUACACAUGUACUAGGUGCGAUAAGGCAUUGAAUGCAGGUGAUAUUUUCUCAAAAAUUAAAAAUGGUUUCGCGGAGAUAGAAGCUAAGCUUUAUUCGAGUCUGAUGAGUCUAAAAAAACUACUUAUGAUUUAGCGCUAAAACAGGACAAUUAUGGUCUCCAGAAAGUUAAUGAGUUGCGAGCCGCGCUUUUGCGUCACAACGUGUGUGUGAACAUUGCUGCGGGUGCCGAACGGGAUGUCCGCGAAUCAACUGGCAAUGCAAUAUGUUUCGAACGAUAUGAAGUACAAGUUGGUUAAAAUAGAGCACAAGCACAACGUGCAGUUUCCCCGUUUGAACAAGUCUAAUGUCAUAGGGAGUGGCUUGCCAUCUUGUACUAAAAAUUUGAGAGAGUUCGUGUUGAAGAUUGCUGAGCGGUGCAAAAUUAAAGCAACGUACGCGGAUUGCAACCACUACUACUAUUUAGCCAAUGAGAACAAAUUUUUAAUUAAAUUUAGUUCAAUAUACGCGCGUUUUGGUAUUGGGGGUAUGCCUUUUAAUAAGUUGAGUGAUGUUUUAGGGGGCGUAUCUGUUUAAAUGAUCAUUUAACUCUUGCAACUUACAAACUAAAAACAAUUUCCACAUUCUUUACGGAGAAAGAAGACUAUUAAAAAGUUGAUUAACGCCGACAUCCUUAAGGUAAAGAUGGUCCAAUCAGGUAAUAUCGUAAUGACAAUGCAAGUGCAACAGUCUAUGGAGUUGUUGGUGUUGCUCUUGCGCGAUAAUGUUUUCUACGAAGUUGUAUGGGGUUUAAGUUAAGCUAUUAUAUAUUUGGAACUCAUUUGUAGUAUUUUAUUAAUUGAAAUAUUUUUUUUUUUUUAUUUCUUUUUUCUAGAAUUUUCAAUAUUUUCCUAAUAUCCUGUACUGUGUUAUGAAUACGACUAAUAAUUUAGGGUUGACAUUUUAACGAAAAUGGAAACAAAAUAUAACACACCGUCUUUGCAUCCGGCAACUUGUUGAAAUUGGCAACUCAUGCUUUGGAAUCGUGGGAAAAACGUAGAAGAGAACAAUAUUUAACUUGCAAAAUAAUAGUAUAGUAAUUAUAUUUUCGCUUGUACUUGUGAAAUUAUAAUGACUAAAAAAAAAAUAUGAACAAUGGUGCAAGUAAUAAGCUAAAUUUAAGUGUUAAUAUUUUCCAUAACACGAUAGUUUUCCAUGAAGGUGUGUUAUAAUUUAAUUAUGCCCUUCUCUUUGCUUUACCAUCAAACAGAAGCUUAAGUCAGUGUGGAUGCAAAAUUAAAGCGAAAUCCUUAUUCGUAACCCGAGCUAAUACACUAUGCCUGUCUACGUUGAUAUGACGUUAAAUGCAAUACACGAUUACUUUGCUCAAUUAAAUCCUAUAGCAACACGUAUCGCGUAUGAUAUAAAUGAAACUAAAAGCUCGUAUGAGUACAUAUGGGACACUCUUGAUUGUAAUGAACAAGAUGACAUCGUAAAUGAUACGUUAAUAAGACCGGAAAUUUCGCUGAGAUAUUUAAAUGAUUUUUUCAAGCCUGCUGAUUUAAAUAGCUUGACUAAAAUUCCUCAAUCUACAAAGUCCUUAGCAGCUGUAAUGCUAGAAAGUUUCAAUAAAUGUGACGCCGAAGGCAAAAUACCUGCAUUUGCGAUUGAAAAAUAUCCAAAUGAGGCCCAUGAAUUGAAGGAAGAAGCUAAGUAUGGAUACGAUGGGCGAAAUUUGCGCACAUUUGCUCUACAAGAAGUUGCUCUAAAAUUUGUUCAUGAUGAUAAUUUAUGUGUCUUUUAUGAUGAACAUUCUCAUCCAUUUAGUUACCGCACAAAGUCGCAAAUCAAUCUUCAACUGACAGAUGAUUGCUCCGAAUAUUGCAAACGUCCUAAGGUUGCCAAUAAUAUCAAUACUAAAUGCUUGUGUUGUAACGUUGCUAGCGUGCACAGAUCUUUGUGUAAUGUAAAGGCUCAUAAAUUUGCCCCUAUUAGCUGUGUGAAUUCUAACAAAAAUGACUUGAAGAACCCACCAACCAAAUCAAAGCCAAAUUCUUGUAUAUUUCCUUAUGAUAGUGAGUGCAUUGAUAAAAUAAAUUUCGACAAUUUAGAUUUUAAAGUGGAGUGGAAUAACAGAGUAUCGCGACCUAAAAGUUCCUCAGGCCAAACAUACUUAAGUUCCACUUCAAAAACAGCUCUGACACCUUCAGUUAAUUAUAUGGUUUGCAGUGAUGACUUGUAUGAUAAGGAAGAUAAUCUAAAUUUAAUGCACCAUAACUGCAAAGUCUUGGAUUUCCUACAAUCGCUGCCAGCGACUAUUUCUGGCGAUGAUGAGUUGACUCCUUCUGGGCAUAACACUGAUAAAAGUUCUGACGGAGCUUCCAAACUGCUCAACAGAGACACAAUCAUGCAAAAAGGAUUUGAAUUUUUGAACAACUGGUAAUCGGCCCGCUUGAUUUUAGCAUAUAAAUAUACAUACGUUAAAAUCACGAAAACUUCUCCAGAUUUGGUUUAUAUUGUUCCUAUAAGCGGGAUGGAACGGAAAUGAACGAUGUGGAUGGAAAGAAGAAGAUAAAAAUAAUUUGAAAUGCAUAUCAGGCUACCUUUGUUAUAAUCUCUAUUCACACUUGCAAAGCCUUAUAUAUAUCUAUAAACUUCCUAAUAUUUCCCUUAUUCUAAACCGUCAUUCAUAAUUUUUUUUUUAAAUUUACGAACGCGUUUGAUGCUUUGAAUAAUUCUGGUUGAGUAAAUAGUCUUUGGCAUAAUCUGUUGCCGGAUUUGGCCCUAAGGCGCGUAUGUAAGCGCGGAGCCUUUAGCUGAAAUCUUCGGUUGUGCUGUCCGUCUUCGCUGCGUGUGGGAAUUGAAAAAAGUGUUUACAGCGGUGCCAACAUUUGGUUCUCUUGGCGUUGUUUUAAUUUUUCUGUAUUUCUCAGCUUCGCUAACAACAUAUGGUAGUUAAAUGUUUUGUGCCACGAUUGGUAUUGCCCUUUACAUGCGUUUUUGCAGCUUGCUGUGACUGUUUGCGCGAAUAUGUGACAGUACGUCUGCAACAAGCGCUUAUUUUACAGGUAAAUAGGGUAUUGGUAAUGAAUUGAAUGCUCGCUUCCGAUCUAGAAAUGCAAAACAGGCGUCAACAACACCAGAAUAAAAUUGUUGUCCUAAUACUAUAGCGAAUUUUGUGACAAUGAGCCAUUAACCGUAUACAAACACUAUAUAUAUAAGAUUAUUUCGCUAGCAAAAUUUGGGUGCAAAAUUAUCAUGCCUUCAGGACAGCAUUUAAACAAACUCUAUGAAAGAGAGCCAGAGAGAGCAAACCUGUCUGUGAAAGACAAUGGACACAUGUGUGUGAUAGCAGAAUAAAUUGAAUAGACGUGUGUUAGUGGUAUAGUAGAAAUGCUUGGUUGCAUUUGUGCGUGUUUAAGUAAUCAUAUGAGUACGGGCAAAAGCAAUAGAAUCUUUGGCGUUAGUCCCAUUGAUCAAGCGAUUGAAUUACGAGCUACUUCCUUAUUACAGAAACAUAGUUUCAUAAUUCGAAAAUGGUGCUCAAGCGAACAAGCAGCUUUACAUGAUUUUCCACCGUUAGAUUAUGUACAGUUCCUCAAGUUUCAUGAUGAAAGUGAUAAAAAUAACACUUUGGGUCUUAUCUGGGGUCGUAGAACCGAUAAUUUCACUUUUUCGUUUUCGCCUAUUGUGUAGGCAGCAACAAAGGGCAACGUGAGGUAUGCAAUAACUCGUCUUCAUGAUCUUGUGCAAGCACAAUUUGUAGUGGGAUGAGACCUUGCCCUAAUGGAUUUCAUUUUAAAAAUUUCUAUUUGGUGUCGAUGGCAAAGGCAAUAUUUCGAAUUCAUGCAGUUUGUUAGGCUCCUUUGGUAGGGCAGUGUGCAUGUAUCUACGCAGUAGCCAAGCUAGAUAGUGUUAUCAAAACCUGCUUAUUACCUUCGAAGUCGAAAGUAGCAUCUUUGAAAACAAUCGCAAUAUCCAAUUUAUUUAUUUAUUUAUUCCACUUAUACAAGAAACUCAACUAAAACAAAAUGGCAGUCGAGUUC